AUGCCCUUCUUCGACCAUAACGAGCAGCACACCUCAACAGCCGCAUCCGCUGCCUUCUCGUCCGCUACAGCAGCCAUCCCUAUGUUUGCCCGGUCGCUAUCGGCCCCACACCUCCAGUUCGUUAGUCUCCCACAAGAUUUCUUCGUCCCUGGUCGAGCCUCUGUCCAAGGGCUCGGACAGGGUCUCACGAUCCACAACCACAUGGACACAGCCUUCAGUAGCAGUAGUGUCCAAGAAUCGUCAAUCCAGCACUUCACUCCGGCUCCGCUCGACCAGAGUUUAGUCCCCCAACCGUCUUCAGUAUCUGCCCUGCCCUACACAGGAUCUACACCGGCUUUUAAUACCACAGUCCAGCAGCCCGCAACGGCCUUGGGCCAUCACAGCAGUAACAUGCCUGGCAACAGCUAUCAGCAGCCGAUACAUCCCUUUCAGAUGGACCAGCUAUCCUCAUCCAUCAACAGCCUGGAAGCUGCCACAGUUACAAAGACUAAAUUUGAGUACCAAAGCGAGAGCCUUGCCCGCCACCUGGGUCUUGUUCAUCCCAUGGAUGAUAUCCAGAUUUCAAACACCUCCCUAUCCUGCUCCUCUUCCAGUCCACCGCUUGGCCACCCAAUGCAUUCAUUCCAAGCGCCAUUCCGGUCUAUUCGUGGCUACUCAACCUCGAUGUUGGAUGGAGCUCUCACACAGUUUGAGGUCCCAGACGAAUACCCCGCAUACCUCUUUCCUCGGCACGGCUCCCUGGGCUCUCUAUACCCCAUGACCCAUUCCCAUGAGCUCUUGGAGCCUAUUCAUGCGCCAGAAUCUCGACCAAUGGAGAGCGCACCGAUGCUUGCGACGGCGUCCUCGACUUCUAUAACAUCGAUCGCCUCUGUUGCCUCCAUGGCUUCAGUGACUUCCAGCACGUCGAGCUCAUCGUCGGCCUCUGGCUCGCCUCCGACGAACACCUCAGCCAAGCCACGAUCGCGUCGGGCAUCCUUGAAUCCUGAUGCCUUGACCAAGGUAUUCUCCUGCAAUGUUGAAGACUGUGGCAGGCUGUUUAAGCGGUCAGAACAUCUGAAGCGCCAUGUGCGUUCGGUGCACACACUGGAGAAACCUUUUGGGUGUCCUGUGUUGUCCUGCACAAAGCGCUUUUCGCGUAGCGAUAACUUGAAUCAGCACAUUCGAAUCCAUCGCCACGACAGGGAAAAGACGCAUCCAAAGCCGUUUUCCAACUUUACGCCCUUCCUGAGUCCACUUGGUGUAGGACAAAGACAAGACUAA